CAUGGUUCAUUAUUAUCAAAUUUUGUAUCCAUAGUAAUUCAAUUUUUUAUAAAAGUUAAUUGAUUUGGGAGUCUUUUGUUUAUUAUGUAUAGAGACUUUAUGAUAUGGGUGCUCGAAAGAUUCUCGUUACAAAUGUUCCUCCGGUUGGAUGUUGCCCGUUUGAAAGAGAUUUUAACAAACAUUCUGGACAAGUGUGUGUGAAAUUUCAAAAUCUAUUAGUGCAAAAGUACAACAACCAGUUGAAACGAAUGCUCAAAGAACUUACAAACACACUUAAAGGAUCAACAUUCGUCUACGCAGAUGUAUAUCAUAUCUUCGACGACAUAAUGAAAAACUAUGGAUCAUAUGAUUUUGAAAACGUUGAUAGUGCAUGUUGUCACAUGUCAGGCUUGCAUAGUGGUUUAGCUCCAUGCCUACCACAUGCUACUAUUUGCCCAGAUAGAUCAAAGUAUCUCUUUUGGGACUCAUAUCAUGUUACUGAAAGCGCUAAUCUUAUUGUAGCAAAACGUAUAUUGGAUGGAGAUUCUAAUGACAUUUCACCGAUUAACAUACAUACACUUUCAAAGACUUGAGAAACAAGACAAAAUAUAGAUGGUUGUAUCAUAAAACAUUUUAGUCAAGUAUGAUCUUUUGGACUUGUUUAGUUGCAAAAAUGCAGUUAUUUAGGUAGAC